AUGGGCAAGACACUGAUCCCUCACCAUAAGAGCAAGGGCGAGGAUACACUGACAGUAGAUAAAAUGUUCCAGUUCUCAGGGGAUAUGACUGACACUUCUCAGACGGUGGAAGGUUUAGAGUAUACGAUCGAUGGCAACAGAGUUGAGAAAGAAAAAGGACCUAGAAAAUCGGUGCCAGGUUGCUUUGGUUACCCAAUCAGUAUCUUCUUCAUAGUCAUCAAUGAAUUCUGCGAAAGAUUCUCCUAUUAUGGAAUGCGAGCUGUGCUUGUCCUCUAUUUCAAGUAUUUUCUCAACUGGAAUGAUGAUCUUUCUACAGCAAUUUACCAUACAUUUGUUGCCCUCUGCUAUUUAACGCCUAUCCUUGGAGCACUUAUAGCUGACUCCUUUUUGGGAAAGUUCAAGACCAUUAUUUCCUUGUCCAUUGUAUACACAGUCGGGCAAGCAGUCUUGUCAAUAAGUUCCAUAAGUGAGUUGACAGAUGGCGACCGGAAUGGAAUCCCAGAUGAUGUUAAUGUUCCCAUUGCUCUUUCUAUGGUUGGCUUGGUUCUUAUUGCUCUCGGAACAGGUGGGAUCAAGCCAUGCGUGGCUGCAUUUGGAGGGGAUCAGUUUGAAGAUCAUCAGGAAAAACAAAGAAGCACGUUCUUCUCUAUAUUUUACCUGUCCAUCAAUGCUGGAAGUCUGAUCUCCACCAUAAUCACCCCAAUUCUCAGAGGUGAAGAAUGUGGAAUUCAUGUCAAACAGAAAUGUUAUCCUCUGGCAUUUGGUGUCCCUGCUGUACUAAUGGCAAUUGCGCUAUUUGUGUUCAUAGUUGGAAGUAGAAUGUACAAGAAAGUUAAACCUCAAGGCAACGUAAUGGUCCAAGUCGCCAAAUGCAUUGCGUUUUCCAUCAAAAACAGAUUUAGAUAUCGCAGCAAAGAAUACCCCAAGAGGGAACAUUGGCUAGACUGGGCGAGAGAGAAAUACACUAAACGUCUUAUCACUGAGAUAAAGAUGGUCUUGAGAGUACUGUUCCUGUAUAUUCCACUUCCAAUGUUCUGGGCUCUUUUUGAUCAGCAGGGAUCCAGAUGGACACUGCAAGCCACAACGAUGGAUGGAGAUUUUGGAUCUAUUCAGAUUCAGCCAGACCAGAUGCAGACUGUUAACCCGAUCCUCAUUGUUAUAAUGGUCCCGGUUGUAGAUAUGGUGAUUUAUCCAUUAAUUAAUAAAUGCCGCAUUAACUUCACGCCUCUGAGGAAGAUGACAGUUGGCAUGCUUCUGGCUGCUUUGGCUUUCAUUGUUGCUGCUGUGGUUCAAAUCGAAAUAGAUAAAACUCUUCCAACAUUUCCUGAACUAGGCGAGUCCCAAAUAAAAGUAAUAAACUUGGGGAACAGCAAUGCAACCGUUCAUUUUAACACUGGAACAUCUGUAAAUGUGACUUCUUUUAAAUCAACGGGCUACCUCUCUUUUGACACUGCAGACUUAAACUACAUCAGUGUGAGAUAUGGAACUGAAAUGAGAAUCAAUCAGUUUGCAUUUGUGGGAAAAGAACGACACACCCUUGAAAUAACAAACGUGGCUGGGAUCCAGGCUGAACUGCUUGUGGACGGUCUCACAGUAAAGCCGGAGCAAGGAAACAAUAAAAUCAGAUUUAUAAACAGCUUGAAUUCAACCAUAAAUAUUACUAUGGAUGGUGUUAAUUUUGGAGAAGUGAUGUAUUUCUCUGCCACCAAUUAUUCAUCUUUCCAAAGAGGAGUAAAACCGAUUAAAGUUAUCACUGACAAUCAGAGUUGUGAAGCACAGUCUUUGCCAUUUGGGUAUGGUAGUGCUUAUACCAUUAUAGUAAAAGAGUGUAACAACACUGUGUUGAGCGUCACAUAUGUUGAAGAUAUUCAAGCCAACACUUUCAGUAUGGCUUGGCAAAUCCCACAGUACUUCAUUAUUACUUGUGCUGAAGUUGUCUUCUCAGUCACGGGAUUAUCAUUUUCAUAUUCACAGGCACCCAACAAUAUGAAGUCUGUGUUGCAAGCUGGCUGGCUGUUGACUGUGGCUAUUGGCAACAUAAUUGUUCUUAUUAUAGCUGGAGCUACAACAAUUAGCAAACAGUGGGCAGAAUAUGUUCUGUUUGCGGGUUUGCUUGUUGCGGUGACCAUUAUUUUUGCCAUCAUGGCCUAUUUUUACACCUAUGUGGAGCCAGCUGAGAUCGAAGCUCAACUUGUAGAGGAAGAAAAAAAGGAGAAGAAAGAACCUAUACAUGAAAAUGGGACUGUACCAGAUGCACAGACUCAGAUGUGA